UAAAUGUAUUUUAUAGGUCACGCUAUUCGUGUUAUGGUGCUACGGCAGCAAGUUCUUGCCAACGGUGAUCACAGUGAUUCUCUCUCAGUGCAUCUCGUUCCUGACGCUUUGUCCCGUCUACGUAGCACAGAACUCCAAGUGCCUGUACAUAUAUCCAGAUCCGCGGGACCAGAUUUGGGGCGGUUGGGGUAGCAAGCCGAUUGUUGUCCUGGUCGUACAGCAUUUCGCUCUCACGCUUAUAGUUCUGCACUUCGUUACGAUAUCUGUUAGCUUUGUGCACAGGGAAUACUCGAUAUGGAAGAAAAAUCCUAUGAGUAAUUGCACCUGGUUUCUUGGUGUAUUUAUUGUAUUGUGUGUGCAAGCGAUGUUCUCUGGUAUAGUAUUCCGCAAAUUUUGGCGAGAAGAGAGCAAGAAGAUCGAAAACUUCCCGAUACACGUGCCAUUAUUCUCUCUAUUCUCUGUUCCGCUGACAUUCAUAAUUAACGAGUUGAUCAAGUGGCAAGAGAUCAAAGUGAACGUGAGAUAUCAGAAAAGGGCACGUUUGGAAUUUGGCACAAAGCUAGGAAUGAAUUCGCCAUUUUAAUUCAAUUUGCAGCAUCAAUUUGACGUCUUCGAAAUAUCAAAUGCGUUUUAAAAGAUAUACGGGUAUAUCGUUAAGUGUAUAUAUUAGCAUGUAUUUUAUCGAAAGUACUGGUAUUGUGAUUUAGUUGCUGCAGACUCGAGAAAUCCAAAGGACUCGAGGAUCUUUAAGAGCUUCAUGUACUUACAACGCUGUGUCAAAUAUUGCCAAAUUUGAUUAGACUCGAACAAAGCACCGGUAUUUUUCUAUAGCGAUGUGUGUAUUUAUAUUUUGCAACGUCGAUCAUCAAUUGCGAGCUUAAAUGAGCGCCAUGGACGAGUUUUCCCAUCUCGUUUUAUUAAAGCGGUUUCUUUUUGAUGAUAAAUUACUUACGGGAAGCCGCAAAGCAUCGUUGGAGCACAUUAUUUCUCUCGCUCUUGAUUCUGUCAUUAUUCAAGAUGUCCUACAUAGGUAUCGCUUU